CUCGCCGGAAGUUUCCCUGGAGACACGGUUGCCCAGGUAACAGGAGCAAACAGGCGCUGCAGGUCGGAGAGGAGCGGCGGGAUCAGUAACACCGGGACCAUGAUGGUUUCAAGGAGAAACAUGAGUUAUGUGCAGAGGGAGAAGAUGAUGGCAGAGUCUCAAAGACAGGAAGGCUUUCGAGAGAGUGAAAUGAAAAGGUUAAGUCAGGAGCAGCAAAUGGGAGCAAAUUUAAAGAGUGAAGAACGUGUGGAAAAGAUGCGCUUUUUGAAGAGAUUGCAAGAGGAAGAACACGAGAGACGAAUGGAAGAGUCAAUUCAACUAAGUGCUGAAGCAAAAAUAUUGAGAGAACUGCAACUGGAACAGGAAGAGCGAAUGGCGCGGGAGCUUGCAAGAAUAAACCAUGAAAAACUUAAAGAUGAGAAAAUGCGGCAGCAAAUACGAGAGAACAGCCUUGAACUUCGUGAAUUGGAACAAAAGCUGAAAUCUGCUUACCUCACUAAGGAGCGUGCUGCACAGGUUGCUGAGAAAGAACUCCUGAAAUAUGAAAUAACGAAAAGAGAUUCUGAGAUUUCUCGUCAAAUGAAAGAGGAAAACAAAAGAGCUUCAGAAGAAGAGCUAAUCAAAGAAACUAGACGCUAUCAGGAGAAGCUACUUUACCAAUCCGAGUUGGAGAGACAGUUGGAGGAAAAGGAAUUGAAGAAGCAAGAUGCAUAUGAGGAGUUCCUGAGGGAGAAACUGCUGGUUGAUGAAAUUGUAAGAAAGAUCUAUGAGGAAGACCUAAUGGAAAGACAACUGAAAUUACAAAAAAUGAAUGCCACAAAGCGAUACAUUGAAGAAUUCAAAGAGCAGCAAACCACAUGGAGGAAAAUGGAGAGUGAGAAAAUGGAGGAGGAGAACCGUAAAAUCCUGGCCUUUGCUAACAUGCAGCAGAGAAGAGAAGAGGAUCGCAUGGCCAAAGUCCGAGAUAGGGAGGAAAAGAAGAAGGCUCUUCAAGAAAUGCUUGCAGAUCAUAUACAGAGAGAGCAACAGCAGAGGGAGGAGCUGGAGAAGAUGCGUGAGGAGCUGUACCUUGAAGAGCAAGCUGAGGAGGCCCGGCAGCGAGAAAUUGCCGAAAUGGAGAAGAAAAUCCGUCAGCGUCUUGAAUUGCAGCAUACCUUUGAAGAGCAAAUGGCAUUUAAGGAAAUUGUGAUGAAAGCUGCAAAAGAAGAAGAGGAUGCUUUCAGACAGGCCAUGCUGGCAAAACUUGCAGAGGAUGACCGAAUCGAGAUGAUGAAUGCGCAGAAGAGGAGGAUGAAAUUACUUGAACACAAGAGGGCGGUGGAGAAAUUGCUUGAAGACAAACGCAAACACUAUAUUGCGGAGAGAGAGCGGGAACUUCAAGAAAGGCACGAGGAAGAAAGAAGAGAAGCUUUACGUCGUGCCAUUGUUGAGGAGGAGAGGCAGAAGCUUCUCAAACAGCAUGCUGCUAAGUUGUUGGGAUAUUUACCAAAGGGAAUAUUUAAAGAUGAAGGUGACCUUGACAUGUUUGAUGAAGAAUUUCGGAAAACUUUCCAGGAAAGAAGGGCAGGCACGUUUUCAGAUGAUUACUGGGACUCUUAAACCAAAUUAUUGUGCAUUGGUAUAUUGUCACCACUAGAUGGUGAUCUGCUUCUAUGUCAACUAAAUAGAGAUGUGUGAAUCUAUAUGCAGGUUAAAAAAAAAAAAAAAAAAUCAAAUGUCUUCAGUAAUUUAUCAAAAAUGUGUAACUGACCUGCUGUCUCCUACAGUUUGCUGAACUUCUUUAUGGCAAAUUAGUAUGGAAUCCAAUAAAAGAUACAGUUUGUAGUUUGAAUGAAUGCAA